UUUUGGAAAUAACAGAAAGCAAAGAAGGCUCUUCUGAAAGUGAAGCAACAGGCCACCCCAAGCCACUGGGAGGAGACUAGACCUGGUGAUGAAUGGGGAUGUUUGAGAGCAAGUCCUCUGAGAAGCAGAGGCAGCAUCAGCCUGCUCUUUUCUUCUGUAAUUAAGAGGGAGGCCCUGGAUCUUUGUAUUCGACCCUUUAAUCUAAGGGUUGCUAAAUGUUUUACAAACAUUAAUUAAUUCAAUUAGACUUUACACCACCACCUUGAGGCAAGUAAUUCCUCUUUGGGAUAUCCCAUCUUUGCUUGCUACCACAGACUAUAUUUUGGGGCAGAUUAGGAUAAUUAAUAAUAACAGUAAAGCCUUGAGUUUAGAUAAAGUUCUAUAACUUAAGGUCUCAGGUACGUUACAGACACCAGAUUUGUGUAAUGAGGACUGAGGAGGAAGCUUGAGCCAGCUUAUUGGCAAUGAUGACAAGGCAGAAAUAUUGCACUUGUUUCAGGUUAUACUCUAUGCUAAAGACACAUGACCUUGAACAACUCUUUGUGACCUCUUUAUGACUCAGUUUCUACAGCUUUCAAACGGGGGUGAUGAUAUUACUCACCUCCCUACUUCACAGAGAUGUUGUGAGGAAAUGUUUGUAAUAUGCUGUGAGUUCUCAGAUGAAAGAUGGAAAUUAACAUAUAAUGAAACAUUAUUACCAUUUAUCAUCACACAAUCUAAAUGGGCCAGACAAGUGAAGCAUCAGCAUCCCCAUAAUCCCGGCAGAGAAACCAGUCCUGCCAUUAUUUCCAUUGAACGUAUAUUAUAGACACUCACAGAGGUUGAGAGCUUCUCAGAGCAACAGACAUGCUCCUGAAAUAAUCAAAAGCAAACUGAGAUGCCAGAUCAGCAGAGGUAGCUGAGUAUUUACUUAUUUUUUUUUUCCAUUUUCCAUUUCCGUUCUUAUUUGGGAGAGAGUAUUUGAGAAGAAAUGAGUGCAGGGAGAGAAUCAGAGAAUAAUCGAAGGAACUUUUCCUCUUGGACAUUCCUCUCAAUUCUAAGUCCUGUCGGCUGGUACCAGAUGAGAAGAGCCAGUUCCUAUGGUAAAUGAUCACACAGCAAGAAAAGCAGCUGGAAUACAGUCAGCUGAGGAGCUGCGGUGGCUUGGCGAGUUGGAGUUCGUCCUGGAAGCAUCUGCCCGGCAAGGUCAGGGAGGAGGUGUGGAAUAACUUUCAUGGGGGAUCAGUUUGAGACGGGCCAGCACGCUUUGCUCAAUGAAGGAGAAGAGAAUGAGAUGGAAAUAUUUGGCUAUCGGACUCAAGGCUGCCGGAAAACUCUCUGCCUUGCCGGAUCCAUCUUCUCAUUUGGAAUCCUCCCCCUUGUGUUUUACUGGAGACCAGCAUGGCAUGUAUGGGCACAUUGUGUCCCGUGUUCUUUGCAUGAAGCAGACACUGUGUUGCUGAGGACAACAGAUGAAUUUCAAAUUUACUCUUGGAAAAAGAUAAUGUGGAUCCACCUGUCAGCAUUAAACAGCGCACUUGGUCUCACUGCUGACCACCCUCUCAUUACAGAUGAGGAGUAUAUCAUAAAUAGAGCUAUAAGAAAACCAGACCUGAAGGUGAGAUGCAUAAAAGUGCAGAAAAUAAGAUAUGUUUGGAACUACUUAGAAGGACAGUUCCAGAAAAUUGGCUCUUUGGAAGACUGGCUCAGUUCUGCCAAGAUACAUCAAAAAUUUGGAUCAGGCUUAACAAGAGAAGAACAAGAUGUUAGGAGGUUAAUAUGUGGGCCUAAUAGUAUCGAUGUUGAAGUCACACCAAUUUGGAAACUGCUCAUCAAGGAGGUUUUAAAUCCAUUUUAUAUAUUUCAACUCUUCAGUGUCUAUCUGUGGUUUAGUGAAGACUAUAAGGAAUAUGCUUUUGCCAUUAUAAUCAUGUCCAUCAUUUCCAUAGCUUUGACAGUAUAUGAUCUCAGACAGCAAUCUGUAAAACUCCACCAUCUAGUGAAGUCACAUAAUAGCAUUACAGUCUCUGUAUGUGGGAGAAAAGCUGGAGUUCAAGAGCUGGAAUCACAUUUCCUGGUGCCUGGAGAUUUAUUAAUUUUGACAGGGAACAAAGUACUAAUGCCGUGUGAUGCUGUUCUGAUUGAUGGCAGCUGUGUGGUGAAUGAAGGCAUGCUGACAGGAGAAUGUAUUCCAGUCACUAAAACUCCGUUACCCAAGAUGGAUAGCUCUGUGCCCUGGAAAACGCAGAGUGAAGCGGAUUACAAACGGCAUGUUCUCUUCUGUGGAACAGAGAUUAUCCAGGCCAAGGCAGCUUGCUCUGGGACGGUGAGAGCAGUGGUGCUGCAGACUGGAUUCAACACGGCAAAGGGAGACCUUGUGAGAUCCAUUCUCUACCCCAAGCCAAUGAAUUUUAAGUUGUACAGGGACGCUAUCAGGUUCCUCCUGUGCCUUGUAGGAAUAGCCACCAUUGGGAUGAUCUAUACUCUGUGUGUCUAUGUGCUUAGCGGGGAACCUCCAGAGGAGGUGGUGAAGAAAGCCCUUGAUGUCAUCACAAUAGCGGUUCCUCCUGCUCUACCUGCUGCUCUGACCACAGGCAUUAUCUAUGCCCAGAGGAGGCUGAAGAAGAGAGGCAUCUUCUGCAUUAGCCCCCAGAGGAUCAACGUAUGUGGACAGUUAAACCUUGUUUGCUUUGACAAGACAGGCACCUUAACAAAGGAUGGCUUGGACCUCUGGGGAGUUGUGUCCUGUGAUAGGAACGGCUUCCAGGAGGUUCACAGCUUUGCCUCGGGCCAGGCUUUGCCAUGGGGCCCACUGUGUGCAGCGAUGGCCAGCUGCCACUCUCUGAUCCUUCUUGAUGGGACCAUCCAGGGAGACCCUCUGGACCUCAAAAUGUUUGAAGCCACCACCUGGGAAAUGGCUUUUUCUGGGGACGAUGUCCACAUGAAGGGAGUGCCGGCAAAUGCCAUGGUAGUUAAGCCCUGCAGGACAGCCAGCCAGGUCCCAGUGGAAGGAAUUGCAAUCCUGCAUCAGUUCCCAUUCUCAUCAGCACUGCAAAGGAUGACAGUCAUUGUCCAAGAGAUCGGAGGUGACCGACUGGCAUUCAUGAAAGGUGCACCAGAGAGGGUGGCCAGCUUUUGCCAACCUGAGACAGUACCAACUAGUUUUGUUAGUGAACUUCAGAUUUACACGACACAGGGCUUUCGAGUCAUUGCACUGGCCUACAAGAAGCUGGAAAAUGACCACCACACCACUGCCUUGGCGAGGGAGAAGGUAGAAUCAGACCUGAUUUUUCUGGGGCUGCUGAUCUUGGAGAAUCGAUUGAAGGAAAAGACAAAACCUGUCUUGGAAGAGCUCAUCUCAGCCCAGAUAAGGACUGUAAUGAUCACAGGUGACAAUCUUCAGACUGCCAUCACAGUGGCCAGAAAAUCUGGAAUGGUUUCUAAAAGCCAGAAAGUCAUUCUCAUUGAGGCAAAUGAAACCACUGGGUCCUCAUCAGCAUCUAUAUCUUGGACAUUAGUAGAAGAGAAGAAACACAUUAUGUAUGAAAAUCAGGACAAUUACAUUAACAUCAGGGAUGAAGUCUCUGAUAACGGCAGAGAAGGAAGUUACCAUUUUGCCCUAACUGGAAAAUCCUUUCAUGUUAUAAGUCAACAUUUCAGCAGCUUACUGCCAAAGAUACUGAUCAAUGGGACCAUCUUUGCAAGAAUGUCUCCUGGGCAGAAAUCCAGUCUGGUGGAAGAAUUUCAAAAACUGGAUUACUUUGUAGGUAUGUGUGGUGAUGGAGCCAAUGACUGCGGAGCUCUGAAAAUGGCUCAUGUGGGCAUCUCUUUAUCAGAGCAGGAGGCAUCUGUGGCCUCACCUUUCACUUCCAAAACUCCAAACAUUGAGUGUGUACCUCACCUUAUCAAGGAAGGACGUGCAGCUCUCGUGACCUCCUUUUGCAUGUUUAAGUACAUGGCUCUAUACAGCAUGAUUCAGUAUGUUGGUGUUCUGCUGCUCUACUGGAAGACAAACAGCCUUUCAAAUUACCAGUUUCUGUUCCAGGAUCUGGCCAUUACAACUCUCAUUGGUGUAACAAUGAAUCUGAAUGGUGCCUACCCCAAGCUGGUGCCUUUCAGACCUGCAGGACGGCUGAUCUCUCCACCUCUGCUCCUUUCUGUAAUUUUCAACAUUCUUCUCAGCCUGGCCAUGCAUAUUGUGGGCUUCAUCCUGGUUCAGAGGCAGCCUUGGUAUUCCAUGGAGAUGCAUAGUGCCUGCACAGUUCAAAAUGAAAGCAUCUCAGAGUUAACCAUGUCUCCAAUUGCUCCAGAAAAAAUGGAAAGUAACAGUGCCUUCACAAGUUUUGAGAACACUACUAUCUGGUUCUUGGGAACAAUCAACUGUAUUAUUGUGGCUCUUGUGUUCUCUAAAGGAAAACCAUUUAGACAGCCAACCUAUACAAACUAUAUAUUUGUCCUUGUGCUGAUAAUACAGCUUGGUGUAUGUCUAUUCAUUCUAUUUGCCGAUAUACCAGAAUUAUAUAGACGUUUGGAUCUGCUCUGCACUCCCAUCCUGUGGAGGGUCUCCAUUGUCAUCAUGCUCAGCUUGAAUUUCAUUGUGUCCCUAGUGGCUGAGGAGGCCAUUAUUGAAAAUCGAGCCCUGUGGAUGAUGAUUAAAAGAUGUUUUGGCUAUCAGUCAAAGAGCCAGUAUCGGAUAUGGCAGAGGGACUUGGCAAAUGACCCCAGUUGGCCCCCACUAAACCAAACCUCCUACUCUGACAUGCCGGGGUGUGGCAGAGGGGUGUCUUACAGCAAUCCAGUAUUUGAGAGCAAUGAAGAACAACUUUGAAGGACAUGUGAUAUCCAAGUUGAUAUUACAGAAAAACAAUGACAAAAGGGACCGGUUUCAUUGAUUUUAAGAAAUGAGACUCUUGCAACAUCAGCUGGAGUUUGGGGAUACCUAUCAAAUCAUGGUGACAAACUAAAGUCUGUUUGAUAAAAUACUUUCUACAGAGAAGAACAUUGACCCAGAAGAGUGCUUUCCUCUUGGCUCCUAAAGGGAUGAAGGUAUGGGAAGCAUUCAGUGAAGGCAAGAAUGGGCCAAGGAUUGCCAUGGAGACAAGCAGGCUAAAGGGGAAGAAUAUGUGAUCUUUCUUCUUAAGACAGGGUAAUACUUUCCUUUAAAAAAAUGAGUUGAGGGGAAGUAGCACUGUGUAUACUCAUGGAGUUGUAACAUGUUAAAGAUCACUUUUGAAUUUUUACUUCAUCAAUGGAAAAACUAAUGCAUGGGAAACAUUACACCAACCUUUACUGUCUGGAUUCUUUUCCUCUGUAGUCCUUUCCAGAUCUGAGCCUUUUUCUUCUGCUUCUGGCCUUACCCUACGUAUUAUUAAGGAUAAGCUCAGCCUAUGCUGCAAUAUAAAAGCAAUUCUCAGAUAUCAGUGCCUUAACGCACAAGAGCUUCUUUCACGAUCCAGGUGACACUCUGGAACAGCUGUUCUUACAGCGGUGACUGCUUCACUCUGCUGGCUCCAUCAGCUCGACACAAGGACUCUGUGUUUACUGUGAGAGGGGAAGGGAUAGGCUGGAGAUCACAUGGAGGCUCUACACUGCCUCACCCCAAAAGUGGCACACAACUCCUUCCCUACUCAUAUCUCAUUAGUCAGGGAUUUGGCCAGGAAGCUGGAAAGUACAGUCUCCUGUGUUUGGGGAUGCUUCAUGGGCUCAUGAGCUGUCACUACACAGGGUCCCCAUGCUUAGAAGGGCCCCACGCUACUUUAACACUCUGCUGUUUCCAUCUUAAAAUUCUUAAUUUUUGAACAAGGGUCCUCAUAUUUUCAUUUUGUACCAGACCCCACAAAUGAUAUAGUUGGUCUGGGAUGCAGUCCUGGGAAGGAAAGGAAAAUAGCAGAUCAGAGAGCACGAGUGCUGUCCACUAACGUCCACUUCUCUUAACGCUAGAACUUACCCCAUUUUUAGGAACCUCUCAUGUCACAUGGCCAACUCCAGAAAUUUUCACUCCUCUGCUUUAUUAUUUUUGAGAAACAUUCGUCUUGUGCCAAGGAUUAUAUGGCACUAUUGAUGUAAGUUCUUACACAACCAGUAUGUUUUUUAAGUCUCUGGCUUCAGGUUCCAGAAAACGAAUAUUUUCCUUAUUUUAUCACUAUUACAAUUUGAUUAUACUUGAUUUGUUCAGCAUAAGGAAGACUCAGGUUUUUGUUAGCUCAGGAGACAACACUGAAUUCUAGGAGCACAUUUACACAUAAUAUUUUAAGGCAAAAGCAAUAUUUUUAUUAUGAGCAUCAGAUCCUAAGUGAAUGUUCUAAUCAGGGGUUAAGUGUCCUGGCCCAGGCUGGCUUUGCUACUUAUUAAUAGCAUUUGCAAGCAUUCCUUCCCCCUAACUGAGCUCUUGAGCAUGGUUGAUGGCUCUAUGACUGAAGCUGAUUCUGGGAACAUGGUGUCUCCCAGCCACGAGGGUACCUUGUUACUUCUGGUUUUAAAAUAGGGCUUGAAGAUAUUUCGGUGUUCCAAGACUGCAGAAUCAUUGCCUUUUUUUUUUGAUACAGAAAGAAAUGUUUCCUUUUGCAAAGCCAGCCUUAGCAAUGAUAUGGCAGUUCUGAAUGUCCUUUUCUGAAAGUGUUUCUCAUUUUCCAAAAGUAGAGGGUUAUGGGCAGGGGCAAGCUAGACAUGGUUUGCCAGCUAGUCAUGAGCAAGAUCAGCCUGCACAGUUCAUACUUAAAUGUGCCCUUUGCUAAGUGUGUUCACCUCCAUUAACUCACUUGAAUUGUACAGUUGUCCCAUAACUCAUCAAGGAAUGGUUUAUCAUCUCUACCACACAGAUGAGAAACUGAGAUUCAGGAAUGGCAAGAGAAGAUUUAGGCCUCAAAUAUAGAUCUUCUGAGCAAACCUUAUAUUGCUUCCAAAUACUUCCUAAUUAUGGAGCUCUAGCAGGGCAGGGUGCUUAGGGUGAUCUCACAGUCAAGCAAAGAUUGGGCAACUCUUUCCUAAUACCAGGGCCUCUGUUCAAAUGAAUGCCAGUCAUCCUGCCAGGCCUGGGCUAGAGGUGUGUUAAAAACGAAACCAAACCAAACCGAAAAAUGAUUGUCUGUUUGUCUUUCUGAGACUGAGUUGCUCUUGCCUUGGGCCUAAGUGAUUCUAUCCCUAGCAACGGCUGGCAGGGAACAGGAAUAAAAGAAUCUAGUCCUCCACUAGCCAAGCAGCCAUAAAAUCUUUGGGAAAAGAGACUCAUUUUGAAGUCUGUAUUCCUGGGGCUAACUACAUCUUAGAAGCAGCAAUUGAAAGAACAGGGAGUGCCUACCCUGUAAAAAAAACAGGGGACUGUGAAGGGUUAUUCUGAGAAAGAAGGAUCUGAUUUGUGCCAGGUGGCAUGAGAAGGCAGAAUCCAGACAAGUGGGUAAAGAUCACAGUGGGGAGGGCUUCAGGCCAUCUGCCCUAACCACUGUCCUAACAGCCAGCACUGAUACCAGUGGAAUGUACUCCAUGACAUUGAAGGAACAAGUGGCUAUUCAGAGGCCAAUUAGAGAAGGAAGUCAGGUAUCAGAUGAAACUCAAUUACCUGCGAGAUCUCUUUCAGGCUUGAUAUACCCAAUGUCUCAGUCUUAUGCUGUGAUGUGAACCAUUUUCUACUGCUACCCACACAGAAUACCAGACUGGCCUUGUACCUUGAAAGGGGAUCUUACCUCCCUAGUGGAGAUAAGAUGCUAGGAAAGAGGUGCAGAGUGAGGCAUUUUGAUUGACAGAUUGAAUCUGGGGAAUCAAGUUCAAUCUGAUUUGUGUAUUUUCUUAAAGAGAGGUGUUUAAAAUCUUUGCAUGAAAGAGCAUGGGAGAGUGCCCUGAACUUGAAGGCAGAGCAAGCUGUUAUCAAUACACUUUCUUGACCAGACUCUGAAGGAGAAUAGAACACAGUCACAUAGUCCAAAUCAUUUGAGACAGUGUCCUGUAUGUUCAUCCCAAGGCGCCUAGCUCUUACCCACAGAGAACCCUCACUCUGGGUUUCCCUCACUAAAUAUGUCAUGAUCUGAGAAUGGAAAUACAUGCGUGCCAUCUGUAUCUUGUGUGCUUAUGGAGAUGUUCAUGUACACGUAACCUGCAGAUGUGUUGAUCAAAAGAAAGUGAUUAUUUAUUCAGAGCUUUGUAUCUAGUUUAUGCUAUAAUAAAUUAUUCUGUACAAAAGAGUCACAUAAAAUCUAUAAUUCAGUUGUCAUAAAAAUCAA